UCUACUUAGCAAAAAUAGAGAUAGUAGAAAAUCUCCUUGAUGCUCAGUUCUUCUUCUUAAAAGUUGUUAACGAAGAACUUGCAAAAGGCACUGAGCUCAAUAACUGGGAAUGAAAAUGAAUAUGAAGAAGAAUAGUUCUAUUUGGUCAAUUUUCAGUCAUGCAGAUGGGUUUGAUAUUUUCUUGAUGAUUAUGGGAUUCUUGGGAGCAGCUGGUGAUGGAAUUUCAAUUCCAUUAAUGACGUAUAUCACUGCAAAGCUGAUGAACAAUAUUGGUGCUCAGAACGCCUCAAUAUUUAAAUAUUUCACGGAAGUCGUCAAUCAGAAUGCAUUGGGUUUCUGUUAUCUAGCUUGUGGGCAAUGUGUUGCUUGUUUCCUUGAGGGUUAUUGUUGGACAAGAACAGCCGAGCGACAGGCUUCACGUUUAAGAACUAGUUAUUUGAAAGCAGUGCUUAGGCAAGAUGUCGGCUAUUUUGAUUUGCAUGUAUCCUCUACAGCAGAUGUCAUAGUAAGCGUUUCCAGUGAUAGUCUUGUAAUUCAAGAUGUCAUUAGUGAAAAGGUUCCAGUUUUUUUGAUGAAUUCCUGGACUUUUGUGGGGGCAUAUAUAAUGGCCUUCUUGAUGGCCUGGAGGCUAGGGGUUGUGGGACUUCCAUUUGCAAUAUUACUUGUGAUACCAGGUUUGAUUUAUGGAAAAUCUCUGAUGGGCAUUGCACAAAAGAUUAGGGAUGAGUACAGUAAGACAGAUACAAUUGUGGAGCAGGCUAUUUCUUCCAUUCGAACAGUCUACUCAUUUGCAGCGGAGAGCAAGACUCAAGCUGAGUAUUCUGCUGCUCUUCAAGGGACUGUAAAAUUGGGAUUAAGGCAAGGUUUAGCCAAAGGUUUGGCUAUUGGUAGUAACAGCAUCGUCUUUGCAAUUUGGUCUUUUAUUUCUUAUUAUGGUAGUACAUUGGUCAUGUAUCACGGAGCUAAAGGAGGAACUGUCUUUGCAGUUGGUGCCACUAUUGCUAUAGGUGGAUUAGCGUUGGGUACUGGUUUGUCUAACCUUAGGUACUUCUCCGAAGCAAUUGCAGCUGGAGAACGCAUAACGGAAAUCAUAUCAAGAGUGCCAAAAAUUGAUUCGGACAACAAAGAAGGCCUAACAUUACAAAAUGUUAUGGGAGAAGUUGAAUUUAAACAUAUUGAAUUUGCAUACCCAUCGAGGCCUGACAGCAUUAUUUUCAAAGAUUUCAAUUUAAAAAUCCUAGCAGGAAAGACAAUGGCAUUGGUUGGAGGAAGUGGGUCUGGAAAGUCAACAGUGAUUGCUCUAUUGCAGAGAUUUUAUGAUCCACUCAAUGGUGAAGUUCUUCUUGAUGGGGUUGCCAUUGAUAAGUUGCAACUGAAAUGGCUAAGAUCACAAAUGGGACUGGUUAGUCAGGAGCCAGCCCUAUUUGCUACCACAAUUAAAGAGAACAUACUUUUUGGCAAAGAGGAUGCAUCUUUUCAAGAGGUUAUUGAGGCUGCCAAAGCUUCCAAUGCUCAUAAUUUCAUUACUCAAUUGCCUCAUGGUUAUGAUACUCAGGUUGGUGAGAGAGGAGUACAACUAUCUGGCGGGCAGAAGCAAAGAAUUGCUAUAGCAAGAGCCUUGAUCAAGGAACCGAGAAUUCUCCUACUUGACGAAGCAACCAGUGCUCUAGACUCUGAAUCGGAGCGAGUUGUUCAAGAAGCACUUGAUAAAGCUGUUGAAGGACGCACCACCAUUAUCAUAGCACACCGUCUUUCCACAAUCCAAAAUGCUGACAUAAUUUCUGUUGUCCAAAAGGGAGAGGUCAUGGAGAUUGGCUCACACAACGAGCUUAUCGAGGAUAAAAAUAGUUUAUACAGUUCGCUUGUCCAUCUACAGCAAACUGAGAACAAAAAGGAAUCUACAAAUGUUAAUAGUGUUGCUACAUCAGUAACUACUACAAAUGAUAUUCAUAACUCAGAUAGUAAAAGACUAUCAAUUGUUGGUGAGGCCAGUACAAGUAACACAGCAGUGCCGAGCAAAGGAGCGAAGAUUGCCAUAAUUUCUAGUAAUGAAGCUUUACUCGUACCUUCAUUUAGAAGACUACUGGCUAUGAAUUUGCCCGAAUGGAGGCAAGCGAUAUUAGGAUGUAUUAGUGCAAUGCUAUUCGGUGCAAUUCAGCCAGUUUAUGCAUUUGCUAUGGGAUCAUUGAUAUCUGUGUACUUUCAGACGGACCACAGCAUAAUUAAGAAAAAGACGGCAAUAUAUUCUUUGAGUUUUCUUGGGUUGGCAAUUUUCGCGCUGUUGAUCAACAUUUUCCAGCAUUAUAAUUUUGCUGCCAUGGGGGAGUAUUUGACAAAAAGAAUUAGAGAGAGAAUGUUUUCAAAGAUACUCAGUUUUGAAGUUGGUUGGUUUGAUCAGGAUGAGAAUUCCACUGGUGCUAUUUGCUCUAGACUAGCCAAAGAUGCUAAUGUGGUCCGAUCAUUGGUGGGUGAUAGGAUGUCACUUCUUCUCCAAACUUUUGCAGCAGUGACCAUUGCUUGUACCAUGGGAUUGAUUAUAGCUUGGAGGCUCGCAUUGGUAAUGAUAGCAGCACAACCCAUUAUCAUAAUAUGCUAUUAUUGCAAGCGUGUCUUGCUCAAAAGCAUGUCCAAAAAGGCCAUCAAAGCCCAAGAUGAAAGCAGCAAGCUUGCAGCGGAAGCUGUUUCCAAUAUUCGUACUGUCACAGCCUUCUCCUCCCAAACAAGAAUUUUACAGAUGCUCGAGAAAUCCCAAGAAGGCCCACAAAAAGAAAAUAUUCGCCAAUCAUGGUUUGCAGGUAUAGGGCUUGGGACCUCUCAAGGCCUUAUGACAUUAACUUGGGCUUUGGAUUUCUGGUAUGGUGGUAAACUGGUUGCAGAAGGCUUCAUGGGAUCAAAAGCGUUGUUCCAAACGUUCAUGAUCUUGGUGAGCACAGGCCGUGUUAUAGCCGAUGCCGGGACUAUGACAAAUGAUCUAGCUAAAGGUUCUGAAUCAGUUGGAUCGGUUUUUGCAGUGCUGGAUCGACGUUCUUUAAUUGAGCCAGAGGAUCCAGAAGGGCACAAACCUAAUAAGUUAACUGGACAUGUGGAGUUGAAAGAUGUUGAUUUUGCCUACCCUGCAAGGCCUGAAGUGAUGAUCUUCAAAGGAUUUUCAAUUAUAAUCGAAGCCGGAAAAUCAACAGCACUAGUUGGAGAAAGUGGCUCUGGAAAAUCAACCAUAAUAGGUUUGAUUGAAAGAUUUUAUGAUCCAAUUAAAGGAGUAGUGAAAAUCGAUGACUUGGAUAUAAGGUCAUAUGACCUAAGGUCAAUGAGGAAGCAUAUUGCACUUGUAAGCCAAGAGCCCACAUUAUUUGCCGGAACCAUACGUCAAAAUAUCACAUAUGGAGCAUCAGAACACGUUGAUGAAGCUGAAAUCAUCGCAGUAGCUAAGGCAGCAAACGGCCAUGAUUUUAUUGCAAGUUUGAAGGAUGGGUACAAUACAUGGUGUGGCGAUAGAGGGCUACAACUAUCCGGCGGGCAGAAGCAACGAAUUGCAAUAGCACGAGCCAUUUUGAAAAAUCCAGCGAUUUUGUUACUAGAUGAGGCCACAAGUGCGUUAGACAGCCAGUCAGAGAAGGUAGUUCAAGAUGCGCUUGAGCGUGUGAUGGUUGGGAGGACCAGUGUAGUUGUGGCACACAGGCUAAGUACCAUACAAAAUUGUGAUAUGAUUGCUGUUUUAAGCAAAGGAAAAGUGGUAGAACAAGGAACUCACUCUUCCUUGUUAGCUAAAGGGCCAAAGGGAGCGUACUAUUCAUUAGUUAGUCUCCAAAGAACUCCUAGCACUCAAUUAACCAAUUGAUUCACUGUUUAUUAUUUGAGCACUUAAUAUUCCACUAAAUUGUAAAUGGAAUGAUAUUCUAUUGACUUUCUCAUUCCAUUAAAUUCCAGUGUACAGAGUAUUGGAAGUGUAAUGAAAUAAUUUCAGUUUGUGGA